GCAGCCGCUCGCCGUCGCCGCCGUCGCCGCCGCCGCCCAGCGCGUCCCUAACCGCCGCCCGCCGCGCGCAGCCUCCGCCGCCCGCCCGGCCCUCAGCGAGCCGGUGGACGACCCCCGCCCGGUCUCCCGAAAGGCGGGCGCCCGGCCGGACCCUGAGCCUCGCCCUCUCGCGCUGCGGCCGCCCGCGCCUCCUCGGCCGCCUGUCCGGCAUGAAAACCAAGUUCUGCACCGGAGGCGAAGCGGAACCCUCGCCGCUCGGGCUGCUGCUGAGCUGCGGCGGCGGCAGCCCGGCCUCGGCGCCGGGCGUGGGGCAGCAGCGCGACGCCACGGGCGAGCUGGAGCCCAAGCCGCUGGGCGGCCGGCAGCCCCCGGCCGCGCUGCCCGCGGCCCCGCCGCCGCCGCCGCCGCCGGCCGCCGAGGAGCCGCCCGAGCCCCGCACGCGCCGCAGGGCCUACCUGUGGUGCAAGGAGUUCCUGCCCGGCGCCUGGCGCGGCCUUCGCGAGGACCAGUUCCACAUCGGUGUCAUCAGAGGUGGCCUCAGUAAUAUGCUGUUCCAGUGUUCCUUACCUGACACCGUAGCCAGCGUGGGUGACGAACCCCGGACCGUGCUCCUCCGGCUGUAUGGAGCCAUCCUACAGAUGGUAUUUUUGAUAAAGCUGUGGAAUGGAAAGAGGUCCUGUAAUAAAGAGGGAUCCGAACAAGCUCAAAAAGAAAAUGAAUUUCAAGGCACUGAGGCGAUGGUGCUGGAGAGCGUUAUGUUUGCCAUUCUUGCAGAGAGGUCACUUGGACCCAAACUCUAUGGCAUCUUCCCGCAAGGCCGGCUGGAGCAGUUCAUCCCGAGUCGGCGCUUAGAUACUGAAGAAUUAAAGUUGCCAGAUAUUUCUGCAGAAAUAGCUGAGAAAAUGGCUACAUUUCAUGGCAUGAAAAUGCCGUUCAAUAAGGAACCCAAAUGGCUUUUUGGAACAAUGGAAAAAUACCUAAAUCAAGUGCUGAGAAUUACAUUUACCGGGGAGUCCAGAGUGAAACAGCUGCAGAAGCUCCUCAGUUACAACCUGCCUCUGGAGCUGGAGAGCCUGAGGUCAUUGCUCGAAUCUACUGCAUCUCCAGUUGUAUUUUGUCACAACGAUUGUCAAGAAGGUAACAUCUUACUGCUGGACGGCCGAGAGAAUUCUGAAAAGCAGAGACUGAUGCUCAUUGACUUUGAAUACAGCAGCUAUAAUUACAGGGGAUUCGACAUUGGGAAUCAUUUCUGUGAAUGGAUGUACGAUUACACCUAUGAGAAAUACCCCUUUUUCAAAGCAAACUUCCAGAAGUAUCCUACUAGGAGGCAGCAGCUCCAUUUUAUUUCCAGUUACUUGACUACAUUCCAAAGUGAUUUUGAGAAGCUCAGUAGUGAAGAACAAUCCAUUAUUGAAGAGGAAAUGUUGCUUGAAGUCAACAGGUUUGCCCUCGCCUCCCAUUUCUUCUGGGGACUCUGGUCCAUUGUACAGGCUAAGAUUUCCUCCAUUGAAUUCGGGUACAUGGAGUAUGCACAAGCCAGGUUUGAUGCCUACUUCGACCAGAAGAGGAAGCUUGGGGUGUGAUGGGGAGGACUCCACCCCUCACCCCACUGGAUUGCGGGAGGCCGCCAGGACAGCCCCUCUGUACUGCAGCCCGGCACUGGGCACCGAGGCCUCAGACGUCUCGCCUACUGCGCACAGAUGUGUAUGAUACUAAAGACUGUACUAAGUGGAGUAACAUUUCUUCCCUAUCUCGUUUACGAUCUCACUAGGAAGCAGAAAUAUAGUGCAAUAUCUCAGACCCUUCUACCGGAGGGGGCGUUUUAUGUUCUGGGUUAAGGCUUGCAGCCUGACAGCCCCCAGCAAGUGAGCAGCGUCACCAAGGGUCCCUUGGUCGAUCCUGAUGCACAUGUCUCACGCUGGAGCGCAUGGCCCGGCCCUUCGUGUGUGGUGACACGCUGGAGACAGGCUGUCUCCACCCCAAGGACGGGAGCCAGCAGACACACUGUGAAGAGGCUCUGCCGGUGGGUGCGGCCAUGGGACUGCGGCCCAGCGCCCCCAAACAUGCUCGCCCUCCUCCGCCGCCUGGAGCUUGGGACUACCACCCGCGGCUUCUCAGGAUCUUGCCCAGGACAUCCUGACGUGCCGCUGCCGCUGGCCUUCCCCGCAAGGGGCCCGCUUCUGGCCUCGCGUCCUCUCCCUGCCCCUGGUGCCCCCGGAGACGGCCGCCUGGGGGCGCAGGCGUCCAGAACUGUGAAAUCCCCGCAUACUGAAUGUCCAGUGGGAACAUUGUUCUUUUUUCUACUCUAAACUCUUCAUUUUUUUCCUUUUGUGCAUAUAUUUCUGCUACCAGGGACUGUACUGUACAGAUAAAUAAAAAGUUAAAAUCCUC